UAAUAUCGUUCUUCCAAAAUCCUCCACCUAUAGUUCCUUUGUUUCUUUUGGCAGCUGUAUUAGGUCUACCUGCUAUUCUCAUUUUGGUAACAACACGUAAAGUUAUUUAUGUUGGUUGGAUGUUGAUUUACCUUUUAUCAUUACCCAUAUGGAACUUUGUUCUUCCAUCAUAUGCAUUUUGGCAUUUUGAUGACUUUUCUUGGGGACAAACACGUGUGGUGAAAGGGGAAGAUGGUCGAGCAGAUCAUUCAAGAAGAGAAGGAGAGUUUGAUAGUUCACAUAUUGUAAUGAAACGAUGGGCUGAAUGGGAACUAUAUAAACUCCGUCACAAUUCACAUCAACGAAUACAAUCAGUGCAAUUGUCUCCUGACGAAAAUUUCAAUAUACCGUCAACACGCCCAUCAUCAGCAUCAACAAUGUAUGGUAGUGAAAAAUCAGAAUCCAUACCUGUAGCACCACUUAGUGCAAGAAGUGGUAUUAGAAGGAAAACAGAUUCACUAAUGGUUCCACCCCCAUUAAGUGAUGCGGUUAAUACUGCCCUAAAUGAGGGCUUCAUAUCAUCCCCUGGUGAUUAUUCACAAAUGUCACAACCCGCUUAUACGUCACCAUCAAGAUCAAACACAAAUAGUACAAACUAUAGUCAUAACAGCAAUAUGCAUGCUGGUAUUAUUGGAGGUGCUUCAUAUUCAAAUGGAUAUGAAGAAAAUAACCAUUCAACGUAG